CCCGCUCCCCCCACGUGUCCGCCGGAGUUUCUCCAGCAGCAACAUGGCCGCUGCCUAAUAGAAGACCCGGCCGCCACCGUCUCAACCCGCUGGUCCCUGGGCCGUUGCCGCCGCUCGCGCGCGGCCCUGGCGGAAAGAUCGAGUUGAGGACUGUGUGGCAGGCUGUCCCUAGUAUGGCCAAUGAAGAAGAUGACCCAGUCAUACAGGAGAUCGACGUAUACUUGGCCAAAAGUCUGGCAGAGAAGCUGUAUCUGUUUCAGUACCCUGUGCGUCCAGCUUCGAUGACCUAUGAUGACAUCCCACAUCUCUCAGCCAAGAUCAAGCCCAAGCAGCAGAAGGUAGAGCUUGAGAUGGCCAUUGACACCCUGAAUCCCAACUACUGCCGCAGCAAAGGGGAACAGAUUGCAUUGAACGUGGAUGGUGCCUGUGCUGAUGAGACUAGCACAUAUUCCUCGAAACUGAUGGACAAGCAGACCUUCUGCUCCUCCCAGACCACCAGCAACACGGCCCGUUAUGCAGCUGCACUCUACAGGCAAGGUGAACUCCACCUGACACCUUUACAUGGCAUCCUACAGCUUCGGCCCAGCUUCUCCUACCUGGAUAAGGCAGAUGCCAAGCACCGCGAGAGGGAGGCAGCCAAUGAGGCUUGUUUUGCAGCAGGGGAUUCUUCUCAGGACGAGGCAGAAGAGGACGUUAAGCAGAUCACGGUGCGGUUCUCACGACCAGAGUCAGAGCAGGCCCGCCAGCGCCGUGUGCAGUCCUAUGAGUUCCUUCAGAAGAAGCAUGCGGAGGAGCCUUGGGUCCACCUGCACUACUCUGGUGUAAAGGAUAGCCGCUCGGAGCAUGAGCGCCAGUACCUGCUGUGCCAGGGAUCCAGUGGGGUGGAGAACACAGAGCUUGUCAAAUCUCCCAGUGAAUACCUCAUGAUGCUCAUGCCACCCAGCCUGGAGGAAGAGAAAGACAAGCCAGUGGCUCCCAGCAAUGUCCUAUCCAUGGCCCAGCUGCGCACAUUGCCCCUGGCUGAUCAGAUUAAGGUCCUGAUGAAGAAUGUGAAAGUCAUGCCUUUUGCCAAUCUUAUGAGCCUCCUUGGCCCCUCCGUGGACUCUGUGGCUGUUCUUCGUGGAAUCCAGAAGGUGGCGAUGUUGGUUCAAGGGAACUGGGUGGUGAAAAGUGACAUCCUGUAUCCCAAGGAUUCUUCCAGCCCUCACAGUGGUAUGCCAGCUGAGGUGCUCUGCAGGGGCCGAGACUUUGUUAUGUGGAAGUUCACACAGAGCCGGUGGGUGGUGAGGAAGGAGGUGGCAGCAGUGACCAAACUCUGCGCUGAGGAUGUGAAGGAUUUUCUGGAGCACAUGGCUGUAGUGAGGAUCAACAAAGGCUGGGAGUUCUUACUGCCUUACGACCUGGAGUUUAUCAAGAAGCAUCCAGAUGUGGUCCAGCGGCAGCACAUGCUGUGGUCGGGCAUCCAGGCCAAAUUAGAAAAAGUCUAUAAUCUCGUAAAAGAAACCAUGCCAAAGAAGCCGGAUGGACAAUCAGGGCCUGCUGGGCUGGUCUCUGGAGAACAGCGAGUCCAAACAGCCAAAACCAAGGCCCAGCAGAACCAUGCCUUCCUGGAGCGGGAGCUGCAGCGACGGAAGGAACAGAUGCGGGCAGCUACAGUCCUGCCCAGUGUGCAGAUCAAGGAAGAACCUCUGAGCGAGGAUGAAGCAGAUGGGGAAGAGCUGGAGGCUGAGGAGGAGGAGCCCAUGGACACUACACCCAGUAGCUGCCUCAGCACCAAGUUGGCCAACGGGCUGCCUGCUGGGCGGGCAGUGGGUGGGGACAGCCUAAAUGGGCACCCAAUACCUGGCUGUGCUAGCAACCCAGUGACCCAGGAACUGAAGGCUUUCGUGGAAGCCACCUUUCAGAGACAGUUUGUGCUCACCCUGAGCGAACUCAAGCGCCUCUUUAACCUGCACCUGGCAGGCCUGCCCCCGGGCCACACACUCUUCAGUGGCAUCUCUGACCGCAUGCUACAGGAUACGGUGCUGGCCGCUGGCUGCAAGCAGAUACUGGUGCCUUUUCCCCCACAGACCGCUGCUUCUCCGGACGAGCAGAAAGUAUUUGCUCUCUGGGAGUCUGGAGACAUGAGUGACCAGCAUCGACAGGUUUUGCUUGAAAUAUUUUCCAAAAAUUACCGAGUCCGCCGGAACAUGAUACAGUCUCGGCUGACUCAGGAAUGUGGAGAAGAGCUGAGCAAACAGGAGGUGGAUAAAGUGCUAAAGGACUGUUGUGUAAGCUAUGGUGGCAUGUGGUACCUUAAAGGAACAGUACAAUCUUGACAAUAGUAGCAAACCACUAACUCAACGAAUCCAAGCCCAGGGAAGGAUGGCAGAGCCAGAAGUAGUCUCAGCUUGCCUCAAGACAGAGCAAGAGGAUCUGCCCACCUCGUGGCCUGUGGUACUGCCUGGCCCAGAGGACAGAGGGGUUCAUACUCGGCCAGUGGCAGGGUCAGCGUAAGUGAGAUCGCUCCCAGCAGAGACCAACCGGGCCUUCUUUGCAGUACAAUUUGAAAUCCCUGAUGUAUUUUGCUUAUUUGGUUUCAUUCUCAUAAUAAAGAGAGUGUACACUGACAUGGGCAGGGUUAUGAAAAUCAUGGUUUAAUAUUUUCCUUUUUUAAAUGAAUGCCAACAAAGUUAAAAUUAUGUUUACAUGAUGAAGAGAACCUUAAGGUUUUUAAUAUUUAGAAUGCCUAGAAGCCAAUAAUUAAUUAGUCUUGGAGUAUCUCUGCUAAGACUUCUGCCAAUUUUACUAAAACAAAUUGAAUUUUACUGUUGGGUUUCUGAGGCUACUUUACCUUUUACAACAGCCUACUUUCUAUAGUGGUCUCAACUGUUUACACAACCAUAGCAAAACAUUAGAUCAAACUCCUCCAUCUUCUCCUAAUGUUCGCAUAAAGGUGCAAACUGAAACCAGGUAAGUGUGGAGCAGUGUGUAAGCGAGGUUAUCACUCUUUGAUGAUUCGAUGUAAAAAAAAUAUAUAUAUUUUGUGUAUUUUUAAAAUAAAUGCUAACACUAAACUGGCA